AUGCCUUCUUCAUGCAAAGAUAUCCGUGCUGCGCUAGCGGAAUGUCUACAACAAAGUGACUGUAUCAUGGUCCAACGCAACAGCGCCGCCGAUUGCCUCCGUCCGCCGCUCGUUGACACCCUUCCCACACGAUGCCAGCAAUUGAAAAAGGGCUACGGAGAGUGUAAGCGUGGAUUGAUCGAUAUGCGCAAAAGGUUCCGUGGUAACAAGCCUGUUGCCUCGAGUGUUGAGAUUGAGGCUGGUGCAGACAACCCGAGUCGACAGCUGUAUGCUGGAAAGAGCGCGUUCGGCGACAUCAAGACUACGGAUGGCAAGGACUCGCCAGAAGACAACCCGUGA